UUCUGACAUCAAAUGAUUCAAACGCCUUCCGAUCAUAGUUGCGGAGAACCGAACCGUGGUCCUUCAUAUCAAGUUCAGCAUCAAUCGCCAAUUUACACUCAAUAUCUAACUAGCCAAAAAGAAAGGAGAUAAAGACAAAAACAAGCACAACUUGCACAACACAAAUUAGUCACAUAAAAUCAAAAGUUAAGGAGCGUGAUAUAUUUAUCUCAUCAAAUCUCUUAACAAAAUUUAUGUACCACCAACUAUCUUUCCAUCUUGCUGGAAAUCACCACCCCUUAUAAGAUACAUGGGCCUUUCCACUUACUCUCUCAUACUUAGAUAAAAAUCAUUUCUACAUACUAAACUACAAAAAACAGAAACACCCCCACACAUUCAAUUAUUUCUACAGUAUGAAGUAUGAAACUUUUUCUCCAUACACAAUCCCAAAACCAAACCAAAUAAAUCCCUCCACAACACACACAUUCCCAACAUAAAUAAAUCCUAUAUUUCCCUAGCAAAACACAUAAACAUAAACAUCCUUUACUUGUCUCUUAUCCUUAAAAUUUUCACCACUACAAGUCACAAUGGUCUUGAUUUUGCUGCUUCUAUCAUUGGUCUUUCUAACUACCUCAACUUCCAUUCCAACCUCAUCACCUUCUCAUAACCUUUCAUACCCUCAUUUUCAACGCCUCAAUGUGAAACAAACCAUUGCAGAAACUAAGCUAAAGCUGAAAUCUUUUCAUACAACCAAACAACCCCAAGAUAAUGAAAAUGCCAACACUGAGUACGAGAGUGAAAAAUCUGAAUCAGGAAAACAGAAAUUGAAGCUACUUCACAGAGAUAAAAUUUCUACCUUUAAUACUUCCCGUGACCAUCGCAGCCGUUUCAAUGCACGGAUGAAUAGAGAUUCCAAAAGGGUCGCCGCCGUUGUCCGCAGAAUCGCCGGUGCUUCCGGGUAUGAAACAGAGGAAUUCGGGUCGGAUGUGGUUUCGGGUAUGGAGCUAGGAAGUGGGGAGUAUUUUGUUAGAAUAGGUGUUGGUAGCCCACCAAAAAACCAAUAUGUGGUUAUUGAUUCGGGUAGUGACAUUAUUUGGGUCCAAUGUCAACCAUGUACCCAAUGUUAUCACCAAUCCGACCCGGUUUUUAACCCGGGAGAUUCAUCAUCUUAUGCGGGUGUGUCUUGCGGGUCAACCGUGUGCAGUCGUGUGGAGAAUGCAGGGUGUAAUGAAGGGAGGUGCCAUUAUGAGGUUUCUUAUGGAGACGGGUCCUAUACUAAAGGGACACUUGCACUUGAGACAGUUACAUUGGGAGGAACCGUGAUCCGAAACGUGGCUAUCGGGUGCGGGCACCGUAAUCAAGGUAUGUUUGUUGGAGCAGCUGGGUUGUUGGGUCUUGGAAGUGGUCCCAUGUCUUUUGUGGGCCAAUUGGGUGGUCAAACCGGUGGUACAUUUAGUUAUUGUUUAGUGAGUCGCGGCACUGAAGCAUCUGGUACGCUAGAAUUUGGACGAGAAUCGGUGCCCGUGGGUGCUUCGUGGGUUUCCCUAAUUCAUAACCCACAAGCUCCUAGUUUUUAUUAUAUCGGGCUUUCAGGUCUUGGAGUUGGGGGCUUAAAAGUUCCCAUAUCCGAGGAUGUUUUUCGAUUAAAUGAACUGGGUGAGGGAGGGGUGGUCAUGGACACCGGCACUGCUGUGACAAGGCUGCCUACGGCGGCUUAUGAUGCAUUUCGAGAUGCUUUUAUUGCUCAAACGACAAAUCUACCUAGGGCAUCCCGAGUAUCUAUUUUUGACACAUGCUAUAAUUUAUACGGGUUUGUGACGGUCCGCAUACCAACCAUAUCAUUUUAUUUCUUGGGUGGGCCUAUAUUGACCCUUCCAGCUAGGAACUUUCUAAUUCCAGUGGAUGAUGUAGGCACUUUCUGCUUUGCAUUUGCUCCUUCUCCAUCAGGGCUUUCCAUCAUAGGGAACAUACAGCAAGAAGGGAUUGAAAUUUCAGUGGAUGGAGCUAAUGGUUAUGUGGGAUUUGGACCCAAUGUUUGUUAAGUUUUUUUAUAUAAAAAAGUUUAUGUGAGUUGGAUCCCAAAAGUUCCCCAUAAUUAGGACAUGCCUUAAGGUUACUAUUAUCGUGUUAUGUAAGCGUGUGUAUAUUAUCAGCGCUCUAAGUUUUGUUAGUGUUAUAGUAAUGUAACAUAAUAGUCUUAAUAUGUAGAUGAGUGGAAUAAUUAAGCCACACAUGUGGUCAUGAAAUGUUAUAUUCAUAAUAAUAUAUAGUAUAAUCUCGCUUUUGAUUA